UAAACGGUUUGCGGCAGGCGGCUUUCCAAUAUUCUGAAUUUGUGAAUUAUUCUCAGAAUGGUAGUGCAGGGUGAGGGAUAGCCAUCCAGGUCUAACAAUCCAACAUGACUGCUCUCACUGCUGCUGCAGACCAUGAGAUUGGCCGACUGCUGGAGGAGAAUAGACAUCUGGCCCAAGACCUCAAACAAUGCCAGGCUGACAAGGACUUUGUGUGGUCGCUGUGGAAGAAGCUGCAGGUUACCAACCCUGAUGUGACGGAGGCAGUCGGGCUUGUUGUGCAGAGAGAGCGUGAGAAGGCUGAGCAGCGCGACAGGAAGGUGCUGGAGAUACUGCAGCGUAAAGAUGAUCGCAUCGACGAGCUGCAGGCAAACCUCGCGUACAAGACCCGCGAGCUCGGACAGUCCACAGUCAAGCAGGGGGAUGUGAGUGACGAAGUUUACCAACUCCAGCGCCAGGUUGACAUGCUACAGGACCGCAACUCCACUCUCGAACUGCAGUUGAAGAAAGUGAAAAGGUCAAAAUGUGUCAGUGAAUCCCCUAGAAGAGACCAAACCAAUCAAAGAUUGUCUAACAUGUCACCUAAACGGUCUAAAUCCGUCAAAGAAGUGGAAACUCCAGAUAUCAGAACGAGACAAACUAAACAUGCUAGGUCAUCCCAGGUUCGUAAUAUUGAGGGUCGGGAACGAAACCUGGAGGGUGCACACAGUGAGACGAUACAGGCUUUAGAGAGGGAGAAACGAGAGUUGAGUCAACGUGUGCAGUCUAUGGGCCAUGAUCUGGACAAGGCGCGGUCAGAUAAAGCUGAUGAGAUGGCUCUACGUGUACAGUUGGAGAGUAAAGUCACGGCGCUGGACAGAGAUGUGCAGCAGAAACUGGGCAAAUUUGAACAGCUUGUCACAGAGCUGGAGGAGGCUCGGUCCGUGCUGCGGAAGUUUGAGUCGCAGGUACGGCAGAUGCAGCAGGACCUUGACUACAAGAACACUGAGCUGGAGACUGUGAGGCGGGAGCUAGCUGAGCUGUGGACCACACACAACCAGCUCACCGAGCAUUCCUCACAGCAGGCUGACCUCAUACGCCAGAUACAGUCUCUCCAGACAGACACACAGAAAAUGAUGAAGAACCAGGAGGAGGCCUACUGUAUGGAGAGCAGCUCCAUACAACAGAUGUACACUGACUUGACUGCCAGGUACGACCAGGCAAAGAAAGCCGAGUCCGAGCUACGCUCACAGGUCCUCACUCUGAAAAAGGAGAUUAUGGAUCGAGAGGACAUCAUAUCGGACUUGAAACGGCAACUUGACAAACGGCACACUCGUGACCUUAGUGGCAGCUACCUCGACCAGGACGAAAAGGUUGAGCCAGUGCUGGACCUGGAGUUCAAGUGUCGCGGCAUGCAGAAAGAGAUUGACAAUCUCCGAAGACAGCUCCUCGAGAGGGAAGGGCAAAUUGAGGCACUUGAGGAAGAUGCCAUCAACCAGACCAUCGAGUUUGAUGUGGCCCGCCUCAACCGACACGAACGCACUCACUCAACACCCUCCAAGCAAGUGAAGAGUGUCGCACUCAGCCCCAUGAGAGGUCCGACCGAGUGGCCAGGCAAGAGUCAGCGGUCAAGGUCAAUGUCCCCUCGGAGAGAGGUGUUAACGUCCAAACCCAGACUCCACAUACAGAAAGAUCUGGAUGAUUGUAGAAUGAUCCUCAAACUUAAGAUACGGGAGUUGAAUGAGCUGAAGAAAGCCCAUGCCAAACGUCUGGAGCGCCUGAAGACCGUCCAGGACAGUUACCGAAAUGUCAAGGAACAACUUAAAACUCUCGAGGACGAGUACUAUGGGUCCAAAAAGAAGCGUAAGAAGGUGAAGCGUGCAGAUCCACGUGACCUGAGACAGGAAGACAGUCCCGCUGUGUGGAACGAACUUGCAUACUUCAAGAAUGAGAACAGAAAUAUGGCCAUUGAAAGGAUGAGUCUGGAGGAGGAGCUUGAUGGUCUCCGUGUGCAAGCAAGCCAGGAUGCUGCCACUGUACACGAGCUCCGUGUGGCACUACAGCAGGAAAAGGAAGAGAGAGCUUAUGAUCGUAAGAAAACAGAACGUGAGGUUGAAGGUGUUUCUAACCAGCGAUCAGAGCUGGUGCUGUUGCGGUCGGAGGUGCAGAAUGGGAAGAUGACUGCAGAGAGGCUCACACGAGAACUACACGAGGCCCGUGCAGACAGGGAGGCACUCACGGAGGAGAAAAAGUUGUUGAAGCAGGAGAUGAUGGAUCUGAAACAGGACGCUUCUCAACACCGGAUGGACCAGGCAGACCUCCGCAGGGACAUUCACAGAUUAAAGAGAGAGUUAGAUGAAGAGCGAGCUAUUUCUCGGCUGCACUCAGGCAAAGCUACGUCCCCUAUAAUGAAGACUGUAACUCUAAAGCCUUCUGGCAAAUCUCGCCGUAAACACAAUGGCAAAUCCAGAACUGCAUUCAAUGUCAGUGCAUCUAAAAAGUUUGAGGAGCUGGUGGAGGAGGGCUGGGAGGAGAUGUCCGGCGAGUCAGACAAUGAAGGAGGAACUGAGUCAGGAACGGACACUCUGGGUGAGAGGAUUGUACAGAAAUCACGCCACCACAAGCCUGACAUGUCAACCACAGACAGCAGUAUGGACCAGCACAAACACCGCAGGGGAACCCAGAUGAAGCACUCCCGCUUGCACCAUCCGACGUCGCCUGUCCGGGAGCCUGCACAGUUCCCUCCCCCUGCUCGCCACACUGAGGCCCGGGCCCACAGAGCCCUGUACCGAGAUGCAGGCACCUCGCCUGUCCACCAGCCUGUCCAGCUCCAGACAUCACCCACAGCCAAGAAAUCACCCGCGUACAAUGCCCUCGUGCGACAACUCAGACCAAUGAAACAGAGAGUUGGAUAUCUGCAACAGCAGGUUUUAACCCUGCGUGAGUCACGAGCAGUGGCCCUCAAGUUGACUGAGGAGUUGAAGGAGAGGAAUGUGCAGCUGGAGACUGAUCUUGGACAUGCACAGCAGAGACUCCGCACAAAUAAACAGUCCAUUCAGAAGCUGAAUGGUGACAUGGACAAACUGCUGGGUGAGAAAAAGGACUUGGAACAGCGACUUACGCAGAAACUGGAUAAUCUCCUACCAGAGACCGGCCGCUCAGACCAUGACUGGAAGGUCCUGGAGGCACGACUCAAGAGCUGUUCCACUGAGCUGUCGCGUCAGAACAAUGUUGUACGCCAGCUGAAGCAGGAGAACGAACAGCUCACUGACCAAGUCAAGCUGCUACAAGACAAGGUUGGACGAGCGGAGCGUGACAGCAGCCAGAAACGUACACUUCUAGAGGACCAGCGGACGCGAGUACGCCAGGCCCUGGAGAGCGCCAAGGCCGAUGCCAACUCUCUGGAGCAGUUGGAUACGAAAACCAAACUGUUGCAGGACACAAAUGAGAAACAGAAGAUACAGAUUGAUUCGUACAAGAAGAGGCUCGGAGCGGUGACCAGGGAAAAACGGGACUAUGAAGAGAGAUUCCUCAAACUUACAGCCGAAGUAGAGAAAAAGAACAAGCUAUUGCUGGAGCAGGCUCGGCGUGCAGAUGUGGAGACGUCACUUUCUGCCAUGGAGGAAAUGGCCACACGACAGAUGAAGUCGCUUGCCCGGGAAAGCGAGGAUGCGCUUGAGACUGCGAAGGACAAACUACGCGAGAUACACCAGGUUCUGCAGGCAUACCAGCGUUUCGUUAGGAAUCUAGCUGCGGAGAUAUUGCGGCGAACACAGCAGGCUCGGGCAGCAGUGAAGGAGCAGGACCAGCGACGGGCGGCGUGUGAGCGGGAGAACAUCUCACUGAAGCGAGCACAAAACCUUGCCAAGGACAUCCUAAAUUUGUCACAGUCUGAUCUUGAUGAGAUCAUGAGUGCCGAUGGAGAUCACACAAACAUGGAGAGUGAGUCUGAAGUUGAGAGACGGCGGGACAGGAAGUGGGCUAAGAAGGUGGACCGUACACAGAAUGGCAAGGACGACUUUGCCCUGGCAUUGAUGGACUUGUUCCUACAGAAGAUAGAGGAGCGGCAUGAGCUGAUGGGCACGGCCCGGCCCGCGGGGGAGUCCCCCAUGACCUAACAGCACCCUGGGAGUCCCCUGUCCCCAUCCACUCGUACACAAGGAUCGGAGCUUCCUAACCAGACCUGCAAGUGGAUCUAACAUAAGGACAGCCAUACAUCUGUAGUGGUUUAACAGUAUAACCAGAGAUUCAGACACUGCCGGAACAUUUGUAAUCACUUGAAUUUUUUUUUUUGUAAACUUGUGUCAUAUUAAAUGUUUGACAUCUCAGAUAUAUUGUACAGUCAUGUGAUGUUGAAAUUGCAGUCAUGUGACAUUUUAUUUCCAUGUUUGUACUGUACUGAUUGUAUCAUCUAUGUUUUGUGAUAUUAGAAAUGACUUCUGCACAUGAAGUGGUAGAUACCUGUAUGUGAAGGAUUCUUAUAAUAUUUAACCCAGUGUUUACAUUAUUUCACUUGUACUGAUGUGAUUAUUUAGAUCUGACUGAUGCCGUCUCCUGUGCUGUAACCGUCCUGUGCUGUAACCUCGCCUGUGAUAUUACCAUAUGUGUACAGUGAUACUUGUAUAUACCCACAUGAUAUGUGUGGACAGGCAGUACAUAGCUGAUGAUGCAUUCCUGUAACUGAGACUACUGAUCUUGUAUUCCAUGUGUAUGCAGUGAGUGCACAGACAUGUACAUACCAGUUUCCAUACAGAUUUUAUAUUUUGAAAUGGACAUUAUGUUAUAAUGUCAUAGUUGUAUUUAAUUCAUGUGGUUAGCCAAAUUGUUUAUUUUUUUAAACAAAAUUAUAGUAAAAUAAAAUAGAAAAAGG